GUGUGUUGUCGUCGGCUGUAUUUUCCAGAGUAUCAGCAUCUUGUGAAGUGACGAUCCCCUGUUCUACAUUGUGCUUAUCGAUUUUCGAUGGAAUAAACAGAAGAUGUGUUUCAUGGAGUGCAUAUUUAAGUGCAGGAAGCAUCCAGGAACAGGGUGUGUGAACUGCUAAAGUUUUGGAAGACGAUUGGCUGGUGGUGAGACAAAGAGGGUCAUCUCCUCCCUUGUUGUUGCCUGUAUCAUGUAGUCCGGCACGAUUAAUGCCUGCUACUGAUCAUCUUUGGAGAGUUCUUACUCCAAUAACUUCUUGGUCUGACGCUUAAAUGAGAAUACAAAAUCAGUGGAGGUUGUCGACCGUCAUGGCGGGUGUGGCAGGGCAGAGGGUGUGCUGUGCUCUGCUGGCCCUACUGGGGAUGGUGAAUGUUCCUGGGGCGGCGGGUCAGCCUUCAGUGUCACUUGCGCCCUUCGAGUUCCACCACCGAGCAGUGAUGGACCAGAGGGGCGCCUACAUCAUGCUGUGGACGCCCCUGCAGGACAAGAUCGUCAUUGAAGUACAGGUGGCGACGCGGGGGUAUGUGGGGCUUGGCUUCUCCCCCAACGGCGGCAUGAAGGGCGCCGACGUGGUCAUUGGGUGGGUCGACGCCCAGGGUCAAUUGCAGUUCCAGGACCGUUACGCCUUCGCUCUGUUGACGCCAUCUAUUGACGAAUCUCAGGACUACUUGCUGCUGGGGGGCUACGAGAACGACUCCCACACCGUCAUGAGGUUCUCCCGCCCCUGGAUUACCUGUGACACCCACCACGACUUCCAGCUCUCGGGAGACACAGUGAGAGUUUUGUGGUCAUACGAUGAGGAGGAUCCCACCACCAGCGACCGUCUGGCCAGGCACGACCACUGGGGUUCCCGCAGCCUCUACCUGCGGGACCCUCACCUGGCUGCACGCCUCCCUCCCCCCGCUCACCUCCAGUUCUGGGACGUUCUAUCCCCUCAAGUUCGACUGCCUGAUGGUCUGCCCACACUGUACUGGUGUAAACUCUACAAGAUCCCUAACCUCACCACCAAGACUCACAUCAUUGGGUACAUACCAUUGAUAGAACAACAGAACCUGCAACACGUCCACCACAUGCUGCUGUACGAGUGUCACCUCCCAAACUCUGACAGAUACCUGGAGAUGUUUGUGGAAGCGAAGGGUGCUCAGUGUUAUGACCAAAACAUGCCUUUGUCGUGGUCAGCAUGCAACACCCCAAUUGUUGCCUGGGGUAUUGGAUCAGAAGGUGAGAUGUACCCAGAGCAUGUGGGCGUCCCCCUUGGAGAGGAACAUGGAGGUGCCACGUACUUCAUGCUUGAAAUUCACUAUGAUAACCCAAACCUCAGGACAGGUGUUGUGGACAGUUCUGGAGUGCGUAUCCUGUAUACUCAGAAAUUACGACAGUAUGAUGCAGGAAUCUUAACGUUGGGACAUACAGUAUCUCCAACACACAUCAUCCCACCUGCUCAGAACUGGAACACUGUUGCCCAUUGCACUGCAGCUUGUACAGAGAAAACAUUGCCAGAUACUGGGAUAAAGGUAUUUCAAGGAUUCCUUCAUGCUCAUCUUCUUGGUUCAUCCAUCUCCAUACAACAAAUUCGAAAUGGAUAUGAGUUGCCAACGGUCAUCAAGGAUAUGAAUUAUGACUUCAACUACCAGCAAGCUCGAGUAUUAAAAAAGGAGAUGGAAAUAUUACCAGGUGAUUCCUUGAUUGUGAACUGUGGAUAUAACUCCACCAGGAGAAAAAUGCCAACAUUUGGUGGCUUUAGUACAGAGGAGGAGAUGUGCUUAGCCUUCCUGACAUACUAUCCUCGAGUCAACCUCUCUGGCUGCUACUCCAAACCUGACAUGGCUCUUGUAUUUGACACUUUUGGCAUUCAAGACUUGGUUAACAAUGAUUUGAAGAUGUUUAAUCACCAGGGGUUCAGUGAAUAUUACAUAAAUGAAGAGGAUGAAAAAGCUGUUUUGUUAGACAUGCUGAGUGAAGGUGGAACCAAGCCACAUAAUAUCCAUCUGGCUGAUAUUUACCACAAUGUCGUUGCAAAGGCUCCACAAAAAUACUUCAAUGUAUCAUUUUAUGAUAUCCUUUAUGACAAGACAACAUGGCAGAACAACCAGUUGAUAACGACAUUACAGGAGAUGACUAUGUUUGGACAACAUGAACCUUCCUGUGAAAAUCAUGGCAGAGAGUUGAUCCAGGGGCUACCAAAGAAGGUCAGGUAUCCCGAUUUCAUACCACUCAAGCCCCAGCACCAAAAGUGUACCAGCAACCUCCAGGAUGCUGAAGUGCACAAACCAGAGACAAAGUCAAGUGUACCACCACCCACUAAUCAAUCCAGUGGUGAGGAAAGAAAACGAGGUAAAACACCAGCAACAACAGCUGCAAUGAUACCCUGGCAUCCACCGAAAGAUAAUGAAAUUCAGAGAGCAUCACUCCCUCAACGAGAUAAAGGAGGAGUUGGUCAAGUUACAUCAAGCCUAUAUGUCAUAUCUACCCUCACUUUUUUUAUGAUUGUUCUUUGAUCUUGUGUACAUAGUUGUGCUGCCUUACAAUUCCUUGAGUCAAUACAAUUUAUGUUUGUGUUGCUGAUGAUAAGUCUAACCUUUUUUUAUAUAUAUUAUGCAAGAUUUUUUCUUUCUUUUUACAAUUAUAUACAGUAGUAGAAUGAAGAAACAUUAACCACUCUGUGUAAAUAUGGUCUUACUAAAUAUUGUACAUUGUAUUAUUUAUUGCGUAGACUAUCCACUGAUGCUGAUCUUCGUACAGAUAUCCCCCAAUCUACGAUCUCCCUCUCUACAAUAUUCCAUUUUAACAAUGGUGAUGUAUUACCGACCACCUUCCUAUCUACGGUGUAAACAAUCUGCAUGAGCGAUGGUCAUCGUCCAGCCAACGCAGAUGCAUCUCUCAGUUCACUUGUCAGCCGUGGUCUACCCAAACAUUGCUGAGCAGCCACUCAGUGCACUGCAGUACCAAGCUAUGUCCAAUAUGUUCCAUGGUGAUCGCAUUUGGCCGCGAUCGUGUAAGUCAAUGGUCGGUCUGUAUCGGCGUUGUUAGUUAUUACUAUCAGUGUUUGGUUUUUAACCUUACUGUGGGAGGACAUCUUUAACGUUCACAUUAUAUUCUGUUUUGGUGACUGUGAAGUGAUUUUUUUUUUUAAGUGCUUUGUCCCUGUUGUUGUGAACGUAAUGUGAGUGGUGUCAGCCGCUAUCAUUGUUUUUACUUUACCAUUGUUCACUCAGUUUUGUGACAAGUGCUUUCACUCUGUUUUUGUGAGUGAAGUGACCAGUGUAACUUUGAAAAUGUCUGGGAAGGCCAAGGCACUCUGGAAAACCGUGUCUCUGGAGGUGAAGCUUGACAUUGUGAAUUGACACUAGAUGAUCCAGAGGCUGUGAGAGUCAGUGAUGUCAAAACUCCACCUUCGAGAGUCCCCUUACCCUCAAAGGAGACGUGUAAUGAUGACCAUGCUUUUUCUUAAUAAUGUGGCGAGUGUUGUUUAAUUGUUUUAUGUGUAUUAUUAGUGUAGGAUUUUUUUUCGGUGAUAUGUGUGGGUGUCAUACUGGCUGGGAACAUAUCCCAUUGAACCCCAUGUUAUAAUGAUUCCAACUUGAGAUGGGUUUUUCAGGAACCUAACCUCAUCGUAAAUAGCGGGAUACCUGUACUACAUCAGAUAUAUUGCUGCACAUGUACAGAACUUAUUUCUGCACUUAUUACACUUCAUUUGCAAAAGUACUUUAGAGUGCGUGUGCCCUGGGUCAUUAAUGCACCCUCGGUGGGGUGCGCACCUGCCUGCACUACACACGGAUGUGUAAAAGUGAGCAGGGCACCGGUGGCACUGGUGUUUCAUGAAGAACCUUCUCACCCCACCUCAUCCCAGUGUGGCUGACACACGCAUUAAACACACAAAGCUGCUGGGGUUUGACAAAUUUAUCUAAAGAUCGACAGCAUCAAGGCAAGUUCGUUUUGUUUACCUUUGAAGGGAAAAUAAUUCACUUUGGAAUAGCACCUGUCCAAGGAGAUGGAUAUCUACAAUGUUUGUCACACUACUUUAAUUAAAAUUUUGUUAAGGUUGUGGAGCUGUGAUACUAUGAUAGAAUAAUGUACGGUCUUCAUUCCCAGUCUGUCCAAAAAUAAAAUGAAGGUACAGUUGUACCCCACUUAACGCGGUCAAUAGAACCCAGAGGGUCCCGUGUUAAGUGAAAUCCGCGUUAAGUGAACAACAGAACAUAUGGGA